UUCCUUCAUUCUUCAGUUGCGUGAGUGGUUUCAAUACUAAUGGUUUGUGACUACUGAUCAAUUAUUCUCCCGAAAACACUCAGCCAGAAGUUUCGUUGUUUCGUGAUCGUUCUGCGUCGAGUACUCAAGUACAAGACAGUCGAGAAAAUUUAACGCCAAUCGAAGAAGAAGAAGAAAAAGAAGAAGGUAGAAGAAUUUCCUGAAGGAGGGGAAGAAGAGAUCUUACAACAUGGAAAUAGAGCCAACGAAGGUGAAUUACGCUUCACCACCGCCUGGGGAGGAAGUGGUAAUCUCAGGAAUUGCUGGCAGAUUCCCAUUGAGCGAGAAUGUGGCACAGCUGAAGGAAAAUCUGAUGAACAAAGUGGACCUCAUCACUGAUAACUAUUCGCGAUGGAGGCUAGAUCACGCGGAAAUUCCAAGGGACGGCGGGAAGGUGACGAACUUGGGCAAGUUCGACGCGCUUUUCUUCGGUGUCCAUUACAAGCAAGCCCAUACACUGGAUCCAAUGUGCAGGAUGCUGUUGGAGCACACUUACGAAGCGAUCAUCGACGCAGGAAUAAAUCCGAAAGACUUACGAGGAAGCAACACAGGUGUUGUCAUUGGCUCUUGUAUCAGCGAGUCGGAGAAGACCUGGUUCUACGAAAAAUUACAGGCGAACGGCUUUGGUAUCACUGGCUGCAGCAGAGCCAUGUUGGCCAACAGGAUUUCUUACUUCCUGAAUCUGCACGGUCCGUCGUACUCGAUGGACACAGCUUGCAGUUCCAGCUUGGUGGCCAUGGACCAGGCCUACAGAAUGAUACGAACGGGGAUAUGCGACAAAGUAAUCGUCGGAGGCUCGAAUCUCUGUCUUCAUCCCUACGUGUCGCUCCAAUUCGCGCGACUUGGCGUGCUGUCCACGGACUGUCGCUGCAAGUCCUUCGAUGCUCGAGCCAACGGUUACGUGCGCAGCGAAGCCGUGAGCGUGAUCCUGUUGCAAAAGGCGAAGGACGCGAAAAGAAUUUACGCGACGGUGGUCUACACAAAGUCGAAUUGCGACGGUUACAAGGAGCAGGGUAUCACGUUCCCCGCCAGCGCGAUACAGAGGAAGCUUUUGGAGGAAUUCUACCAAGAGUGCAAACUCUCACCGACCUGCCUGUCCUUCUUGGAGGCCCACGGAACAGGAACCAGCGUCGGCGAUCCCGAGGAACUCAACGCCAUCGACAAGGUAUUCUGCAAGGAUCGAACCUCGCCCCUUUGGAUUGGUUCUAUCAAAUCGAAUUUGGGACACUCCGAACCUGCCAGCGGCGUCUGCUCGAUCGCCAAGAUAAUCAUCGCGAUGGAGACCGGUUUGCUCCCGCCGAAUCUGCACUUCAAAAGUCCCAUGAAGGGCAUGAAAUGUUUCGAAGAGGGGAAGGUUCGUGUGGUCACGGAACCAACACCGUGGAAGGGUGGCUACAUCGGAAUAAACUCUUUUGGUUUCGGUGGUGCAAACGCCCACGUUUUACUGAAAGCGUACACGAAAGAGAAAGUGAACAACGGGGCGCCUUCCGACGAUUUGCCCAGGAUCGUGACUGGGUCUGGUCGUACGGAAGAGGCUGUCGAAACCCUUUUACACUCCGUGGAAAGUAUACCGGUGGAUGUAGAAUACAUACGGCUGUUGCAAGAUAUUCAUUCCGAAAGUAUAGCUGGUCACUUGUUCAGGGGUUACGUUAUCGUCGGUUCUAAAACAUCCGAAACGCCGCCGAAGGAGAUUCAAGAGUACUCGGGCAUCAAGAGGCCGAUUUGGUUCGUAUUCUCUGGAAUGGGAUCGCAAUGGGUUGGCAUGGGCGAGUCGCUGAUGAGGUUCCCCGUCUUCGCCAAGGCGAUACAGAAAUGCGACGCGGUUUUGAAGCCGCACGGCGUUGAUAUCGUUGACAUCAUCACGAGCAAAGACAAGAAGACCUUCGACAAUAUUUUAAACUCCUUCGUUGGAAUUGCUGCGAUUCAGAUUGGUCUGGUCGAUAUGCUGACAUCCGUGGGCAUAGAACCCGACAAUAUCAUUGGCCAUUCGGUGGGCGAACUUGGCUGCGCCUAUGCCGAUGGAUGCUUCACCGCCGAGCAAAUGGUCCUCUCGGCGUAUUCCAGAGGCCUGGCGUCGAUCGAGACGAAAAUGAUCCGCGGAUCCAUGGCGGCGAUUGGUCUUGGCUACGAUGAAAUUAAGGGCAUGUGUCCACCGGACAUCGAAGUGGCGUGCCACAAUAGUUCCGACAGUACCACUAUCAGUGGUCCCGCGGAGUCCAUGAAAGAGUUUGUAGCCAAGUUGCAGGCCAACAAGAUCUUUGCGAAAGAAGUUCCUUGCAGCAACAUCGCCUACCACAGUCGCUACAUCGCGGAUGCAGGCCCGAAGCUCUUGGCGUACUUGAAGAAAGUGAUACCGAAACCGAAACCGCGAAGUUCCAAGUGGCUGAGCACGUCGGUGCCAGAGAGUCAAUGGUCGACACCGGCCGCCAAGUACUCGUCCGCCGAAUACCACACGAACAAUUUGUUGAACUCUGUGCUAUUCGCGGAGACUGCGACCAUGAUACCCGCGAACGCGAUAGCCAUCGAGAUCGCUCCUCACGGUCUCUUACAGGCCAUCUUGAAGAGGUCUUUGGGCCCCGACGUGUCGAACGUACCGUUGACUCAACGGGGUCACAAAAACAAUGUCGAGUUCUUCAUCCAAGCUUUAGGAAAAUUGUACAACGUUGGUUUGCAACCGCAGGUUGCGAAUAUCUACCCACACGUUCAAUAUCCUGUCAGUCGCGGCACUCCCAUGAUCUCUCCUAACAUAAGGUGGGAACACUCCGACGAUUGGUUCGUGCCAAUGUAUUCGCAACGUCUGAAGAUAACCACGUCGGAGAGGAUCGUCGAGGUCGAUCUUAACGACGAGCUUUACGAAUACAUGGCCCACCAUGUAAUCGAUGGAAGAUGUUUAGUUCCAGCUACUGGGUACCUGAUCUUGGUGUGGGAAACUGUCAGUAUGUUAGAGGGGAAGCUCUGCGAUGAGGUAUCGGUCGUAAUGGAGGACAUAAGGUUUGAACGCGCGACUACUAUCAACAAGGACGGUAUCGUUAAGUUGACAGUGAUGGUUCACAGAGGUUCUGGAAAUUUCGAAAUAUCCGAGGGAUCUUCGACCGUGGUAACAGGAGUGAUACGCAAAGUGACUAAUUGCGCGCAAGAGAUGAUCUCUCCCAAGUUGUUGCCAGAGAUCGACGACGAGGAACCUCUGACCACCAAAGACGUCUACAAGGAGUUUAAACUGCGUGGCUACGAAUACAGCGGACCGUUCCGUGCGAUAAAGAGCUCGUCGUUGAGUGGUUCCAAGGGUUCUAUCACGUGGAUGAAGAACUGGGCUGCUUUUAUGGACAAUAUGUUGCAAAUCAAAUUGAUCGGACUGGAUACCAGAUCUCUAUACGUGCCGACAGCGAUACAGAAGUUGACGAUAGACGUUAAAACUCACAACAAUAAGAUUCGAAAUUUCAACGAGGAUAUCGAUAUACCAGUGUUCAUGUACAAAGAUUACGACGCAAUAAUAUCCGGAGGCAUAGAGAUUCGCGGUCUGAAAGCGAAUGCCAUUCAACGACGAAAGACAAUGGGGGCGCCAGUUUUAGAGGAAUACAAGUUCGUGGCCAAUCGCGAUAAAGCUCAAACCACGCCGAACGAAAUGAUCGUGUUGUCGACUCACCUGGCGCUAGAAAACUAUACGCUGACCAACCCGAAGAUCCUCGAGCUGAUCGAUCCCGAGGACAGCGUCUCCACCGAGGAGAUUCUCACUCCCACGUUCAUUCGCGUGCUCGGGGACUUACCGUUGAUUCGUGCAAGCGUGGUACUUGCCGCGGAAUCCGAACGUUAUAAGACAUUAUCUUUUCCCGAGACCGUCACCACGGUGGAACCGAACAAAUUACCGGAAGAUGGAACUGUCUUCAUGGCAGCCGCCUACGACAUUUUUACGAAGAAGAAACAGGACUCUCUGAAUCGACUACUGCUCGCGACCAAUGAUCACGGUUUCAUAUUGACUCGAGAGGCAACGGUCGACAACGAUACUUACGCCUACUUGGAGAAGUGCAGGCUGAACGUUGUGUUGGAGAAGAGCCUUGGGGACCAUGCGCUAUUGCUUCUGAAAAAGAAGGAAACUCCCCCAUCAAAAACGGAAGUCGUAUACUUGAACAAUAACGAGUUCAGCUGGCUGAACAAAGUGAAGGAAGUAUUGAAAAAAGAAGAAGAAAAGAAGAGUAGCGAGAGGGACGUGAGAUUGGUCUUGGUCGCCGAGGGUGACUUGGAAAAUGGCACUCUGGGUCUGUACAAAUGUCUGAUGAGGGAGCUGAACGGUGACAUUGUAAAGACCGUGAUCAUUCAGGAUGAGAAUGGUCCCAAGUUUUCGCUGAACGAUCCGUUCUUCGUCAAGCAGCUUGACAUCGAUAUUGGAAUUAAUAUUCUACGGCCUGGAAGAGUUUGGGGCACGUACAGACAUUUGCCUUUACCACCGUUGAAGCAUGUUCCAGUUCCCCAUGGCUAUGUGAACAUAAGGGUCAGGGGAGAUUUGAGCUCUUUGGAAUGGAUGCAGGGCUCGAUCCAGCCUGACAUAAAUAGCAAGGAUCUUGUUAAAGUAGUGUACUCCGCCUUAAAUUUCAGAGACGUGAUGUUGGCCACUGGUAAGCUGAUGCCAGAGUCUAUAACAAAAGUGAGAGAGUUGAAGGACUGCUUAAUCGGAUACGAGUUCAGUGGAAUAGACACCAACGGCCAUCGUGUGAUGGGAUUCACUAAGAGCAGGGCUGUGUCAAACUUUGUCGUCCCAAGCUAUUACACCUUGUGGUCAGUGCCGGACGAAUGGUCCUUGGAGGACGCAGCAACGGUUCCCUGCGCAUACUUCACCGUCAUUUAUGCCUUCUACGUUUUCGGGAAGCUAAAGAGGGGCGAGAAGGUCCUGAUCCACGCUGGCAGCGGUGGUGUCGGCCAAGCCGCGAUCAACAUAGCCCUCGCCGAAGACUGCGAGGUCUUCACCACCGUCGGAACGCCGGAGAAAAGACAAUUCAUCAAAGAGAUGUUCCCCAGCAUCGACGACGACCACAUUGGCAACUCUCGGGACACCAGCUUCGAACAGUUGGUGAUGAAACAGACCAACGGCGAGGGGGUCGACGUAGUCCUGAAUUCAUUGUCGGAGGACAAACUCCAAGCGUCAAUUCGUUGCUUGGGCUACCGGGGUCGUUUCCUGGAAAUCGGUAAAUUCGACCUGUCCCUGAACAAGAAACUAGGAAUGGAAGUGUUUUUGAAGGAAGUCAGUUUCCACGGGGUGAUGCUGGACAGUUUGAUCAAUGGCCUAAACCUUGACUUUCAAAAAGAAAUGUUUGAUUUAGUCAACGAGCGUAUGAAAACGAUAGUUUUGAAGCCAUUGGUCAGGAAAUGCUUUGGGAAGAACGAGGUAGAGUCUGCGUUCAGGUAUAUGGCAGCCGGCAAGCAUAUAGGAAAGGUUCUCAUCAAAAUAGCCGACGAAAAUGAGCCGUUCAACACACCGGUACUCGCCUGCCCGCGGUUCCACGCCAUGCCAAACAAAAGCUACGUGAUCGUCGGUGGCUUGGGCGGACUGGGACUGGAGCUUUCCGACUGGUUGGUGCUUCACGGCGCCAAGAAUUUGGUGAUAAUCUCGCGUACCGGCGUGAAGGACGGCUAUCAACGGAUGAGGGUAGAAACGUGGAAAUCGUACGGCGUGAAGGUGCUGAUCAUUUCCGGCGUGGACGCGUCUCAGACCAACGACUGCGAAUUCAUCUUAAAGUCCGCGGAGAAGCAGGCCCCGGUGGACGGCAUCUUCAACCUCGCGGCGCUGUUGAAGGACUGCCUCUGCGCGAACCAAACCGAGCAGAACUUCGAAGAGAGCAUGAAACCCAAGGCAGGAAUCACCAAGAAGCUGGACGAGGUUUCGAGGAAGAUUUGCCCGAAACUCCGUCACUUCGUAGUGUUCUCUUCGCUUUCUUGCGGAAGAGGUAGCCCGGGACAGACGAAUUACGGCAUGGGCAAUGCGGUCCUGGAGAGGAUUUGCGAGAGGAGGGUGGAAGAAGGCUUACCGGGCAUGGCGAUACAAUGGGGAGCCGUGGGAGAGGUUGGUCUAGCUGCCGCGAUGUUGGAGAACAAACAACAACUGGUGGUCGGUGGAACCCUGCAGCAGAUGAUAUCGUCGUGUCUGGAGGAGCUGGAGAAAUUCCUGACGCAAAGCCGACCGAUAGUCUCUAGCAUGGUCGUGGCGGAGAAACGCCCUAGCGCCAGCGAAGCUAGCAACGUUCUUGAGGCAGUACUGAACAUUAUGAGUAUAAAGGAUCUUAAGGGCGUCAGUCAGAAUGCGACGUUAGCCGAACUUGGAAUGGACUCCAUGAUGGCUGUGGAAAUAAAACAAAUGUUGGAGCGAGACUUCGAGGUGUUCCUAACUCCGCAGGAUAUACGAACCCUAAACGUAGCCAAGCUUGUGGAGAUGUCCGCGAAAGGCUCCAAGAAACCAAAAACACAGGCCGCGAAAACUGUCGUCAGAACGGAAAACUUGACCGGCAUGGAGCUGUUGUUGCUAACAGUGAAUGUGUCGAUGUUGGAAACCAAUUAUUGCGUAGAACUUUCCGCGAAAACUGACGAAAAAAAGAACGAAGUAUUCCUCAUACCGGGCAUCGAAGGAGCCGCUGUGGUCUUCGAUUCGUUAGUGCCGAAAUUAAAGGUCCCCGCCACCUGUUUACAGAUGGGAACGUACGAUACGGGACUGACCGUGGAGGAAAUGGCCGAUCGUCUUUUGCCUUAUGUUUUAGAAAGGAGUAAACACCGAAGUGACUUCGUUAUCGUGGGUUACUCGUUCGGAUCGAUGAUAGCUAUCGAGCUCGUUAGGAGAUUAGAAGCUCAUGCCUUCGUUGGUAAACUUCUACUGAUCGACGGAUCGCCCGAUUACAUGAAAGCAUUAACGCUUAAGCAUGGUUUUGCAACUUCGAUCGCAGACUUCGAAAACAAUCUUCUAAUUGGCAUAUUGGCCGUCGCCAAGUCGGCUACCAUCGCAGAGCUCAAAAUGGAAUUGAGCAAAUGCAGCACUUGGGAAGAAAAGUUAGACAAAUUAGUGACCCAUGCACCCCCUGAAAUUAAAGAAAUUUACUCUCCUGAGGCUCAAAAAGCAAUUGCUACGUUCCUGUAUAAACGUCAAUGCGCUGUAGACAUCUAUGACUGUGACUCUAUGCAACCUCUUAGAACACCUAUCACGUUACUGAAACCAACAACGUCGCUUGUACCGAUGGAGCCAACUUACGGACUGAGCAAGUUAACUUAUGGAAAGGUAAUUGUACACACAAUCGAAGGCGACCAUGUCACGAUGCUGGAUAACCCGAAAAUUGCAGCAGCGAUCAACGGUGAACCUCUAGAAGACGAGGAAACGUUUAAAGAACAUCUGCGUCUUGGACCCUCUGAAAGCUUAAUAUACAAGAAGGGCAUAUCGUGAGAAACUAAAUUAUAUUUCUCGUUUCUUAGCAAAGCGUAUUAUUUUUCUGUACUUUCCAUCGAUCAUGAAUAAAUGAAAAACUCUAUGUUAA